GGCGACGGUCCGUCAAGUGUAAAGUCUGUGUACGUGGGUGUAAAACAAACAUACAAUAUAAUAUUGAAAACUGCGUAACGUGCCAAGCAAAUUAACAAUCAGUGUACGUGUGAAAUUUGCUGAUUAUUGAAAUUUGCGAAAGAUUUAAAUAAACUUGUCAUCAUGAAGCUGUACGCAACAGCAGCAGCAGCAACAGUUGCGCUCUUUUUGUUAUUGGCCACAAUCCAAACGACGCCAGCAGCUGCCGACGAACUGCAGGAGGAGGAGGAGACCACAACAACGAUCAAUGCUGAUGAGGAGAGCACAGCUGAGGCGAUCACCGAGCCACCCAUCAAAUUGGUCCAUGUGUUGAAUCCUGGCGAGCGUGAAUAUCUCUCGCCCAAUUUAAUUGGUGUCCAGAAUAUUGCGAUGACCUUUCUGCCGCUCUCGAUGAACUUUGUGAACAUCAUCGAUGCGUUUCGUGAAAUCGUGAAUGGUAUUCGCUACGAGAUCAUACUGAAUGCCGUCGACACAAAAUCCAAGGAUGCGGACACAAUUUGCCGUCUGGUCAUACUGGAACAGCCGUGGAUAACAACGCAGUGGGGCGACAAGCAUCGCGAACUGAUCAACUCCAAUUGCAGUGAUGUCGCCGAUAAUUCGCUAUCCAGCGACAUGGAGCCGGAGCAGCGCUCGAAGGCGCUCAAUGACAAAUAUUCAAGCCGCAUUAAGCGCAGCCUCAAUGAUGUGGUACCGGGCGGCAGAAAGCCCUUCGAUGAGAAGGAGGCGGAGGAGCAGCUGCAGCGCACACUGGACAAGCUGACAGCAGGCGAAGGACCGCACUACAAGAUUAUCAAGGUGUAUUCGGCGUCGCGUCAGGUUGUGUCGGGCACAUUGACGCGCAUCGAUGCGGAUCUGACGGAUGGCAAUGAUGCGCUGCAUCGCUGCAUUGUGGAGAUCUGGGCACAGCCGUGGCUGGAAAAGGGACACGAUAUCACAUUCAAGUGCCGCAAUCAGCCGACAGUCCAUGCACGCCAUAGCCGAUCCGUUGAGUGGGCCGAGAAGAAGACGCACAAGAAGCGCAACCAUCACACGCUCAACAAGAUCGAGCAUCUGUUCCACAAGUUCCAGUUGAAAUACAAGCGUCAAUAUGCCAACACGGCCGAGCAUCAGAUGCGUUUGCGCAUCUUCCGACAGAAUCUGCGCACCAUCGAAGAACUGAACGCCAAUGAGCGUGGCAGUGCCAAAUAUGGCAUCACCCAGUUCGCCGACAUGACCAGCACCGAGUACAAGUUGCACGCCGGACUCUGGCAGCGCAGCGAGGACAAACCGACGGGCGGUGCGGCUGCUGUGGUGCCCCCCUAUGCGGGUGAGAUGCCCAAGGAGUUUGACUGGCGGCAAAAGAAGGCUGUGACGCAUGUCAAGAAUCAAGGACAAUGCGGCUCCUGCUGGGCAUUCAGUGUUACAGGCAACAUUGAGGGCUUGUAUGCCAUCAAGACGGGCGAAUUGGAAGAGUUCUCCGAACAGGAGCUGCUCGACUGCGAUUCCACGGACAGUGCCUGCAAUGGUGGCCUCAUGGACAAUGCCUACAAAGCCAUCAAGGACAUUGGUGGUCUCGAGUACGAAUCAGAGUAUCCGUAUGCGGCCAAGAAGAUGCAAUGUCAUUUCAACAGAACAAUGUCGCACGUUCAACUCUCGGGCUUUGUGGAUCUGCCCAAGGGCAAUGAGACAGCCAUGCAGGAGUGGCUGCUCAGCAAUGGACCCAUUUCCAUCGGCUUAAAUGCGAAUGCGAUGCAGUUCUAUCGUGGCGGUGUUUCACAUCCCUGGGCACCGCUCUGCUCCAAAAAGAAUCUCGAUCACGGCGUACUGAUUGUCGGCUACGGUGUCUCCGACUAUCCCAAUUUCCACAAGACGCUGCCGUAUUGGAUUGUGAAGAACUCGUGGGGUCCACGCUGGGGCGAACAGGGUUACUAUCGCAUCUACCGUGGUGAUAAUACAUGUGGUGUCAGUGAGAUGGCCACCUCAGCUGUGCUGGCCUAGAUAUGCCAAACCACAAUCUAUACAUCUAUUUAUAUAUAUAUAUAUAUAUAUAUACUUAUAUAUAUGUGUAUAUAUGCAUCAAUGUUAAUGCUUAAGCUAAGGCACAAAAUACGUUUUGGCUGCAGCUUUCUUUUCGUUCUAAUGACACGACGAUCCACAUAAAAUAUCGUCAAGUUUUGUGGAACUUUUGUUCCGUGUGCAGUCCAAACAAUACAAUAACAUCAAUAUAAUCAUGUCAAAACACUUGUAAUCCAUUAGGCAGCAUUAUACACAACAAAAAAAAAGAAAUCAAAUUUAACAGUGCAACGUAAAUAUAUUGAA